CUGCCGCAAAGCUUUUCCAAGUAGGGUGUAGGGUUAUUUUUUGAGUUUCUCUUAACUUUUCCUUUCGCAUUCCCUCUCGUCAAAGCCUGGAGGUUGCACAGAGCCUGAAAGUAAAUAGAAAAUGCCAGGUGUGGGUUUUUUAGGUCACCGUAAACGACAUGCUUAGCUGCUUUCAGAACGUAUAAGCCACGGGAUGUCAUCUCGGGUAAACAGGGGAGGCUGAGGACUGGAAAGGUGUUGGUAUGAAUAAAUUGGGGUCACACAGAGGAACUGCACUUAUGCAUUCAAGCAGCUGCUUUUAUCUCCGCACCCUCUUCCCUUUUCCUCAAAGCAUCCAUAUUCUGCUGGUAACAAAGAUCUUUUUAUGUCGCUGGGUUUUCACAUUCUGCCAAGCAGCCUAUUAUAAGAAAGCCCAAAUCUACUAAAUAGUAAAAUGAGGGAUUAUUUCCACUCAUCUGUUGACAGACAUUUCUCCAAAUUGGAUCAAAUGAUUAAAGGUAUUAGAAUGACGUCUUGCAGAUCCAGAUCAAAUCAUUUGAAACCUUGAGACUGUCUCUCCUUUGCUUGGAAGGAACCACCAGAAAUAGUUGUAGGUGCUAAUUGCCCAUUAUUCUUACUAAUGUGAAUUUGUGAAUUUGGACCUUUGAAUACCUACUUGCUUGAACCCAAGCGUGGGGAGCUCAAGAUGGAAGGACCGUGCAGCACUUCGCUUUGGGCUGUGUCGGUCGGAGCCUUUCUAAACGCCUGAAUGGUUCUUUCUCGAAUCGCUUACACGGAGAAGAGGGGUUCAGGCUGCAAAACCUUUCAGCAUCUCACGUAUUGCGACGAUGGCACUGCUGAAAGUCAAAUUCAACCAGAAGAAACGGGUAAAACUAGCCCAGGGACUAUGGCUCAUGAACUGGUUUUCAGUGUUUGCCGGAAUCAUUGUUUUUAGCAUGGGGUUGUUCCUCAAAAUUGAGCUCCGGAAGCGAAGCGAAGUGAUGGACAAUUCUGAAAGCCAUUUUGUGCCCAAUUCUUUGAUAUUGAUGGGUAUAUUAUCCUGCGCCUUCAAUGGUUUUGCUGGCAAAAUUUGUUACGAUUCUCUGGAUCCUGCUAAAUUUGCCAAGUGGAAGCCUUUGCUGAAACCUUACCUGGCACUAUGUUUUUUCUUCAACAUACUCAUCUUCUUUGUCGCUCUGAUUUGCUUUCUCAUGCGGGGCUCCUUGGAGAGCACGCUGGCUCAGGGGCUGAAGAACAGCAUGAAGUUCUACCGGGACACAGACACCCCUGGAAGGUGCUUCAUGAAGAAGACAAUUGACAUGCUCCAAAUUGAGUUUAAAUGCUGUGGGAACAAUGGCUUCAAAGAUUGGUUUGAAAUUCAGUGGAUCAGCAACAGAUACCUGGACUUCAGCUCCAAAGAAGUGAAAGACCGAAUCAAAAGCAACGUGGAUGGAAGGUACCUGGUUGAUGGCGUCCCCUUCAGCUGCUGCAACCCCAGCUCCCCAAGGCCCUGCAUCCAGUACCAGGUCACCAACAACUCGGCUCACUACAGCUACGACUACCAGACGGAGGAGCUCAACCUCUGGAGCCGCGGCUGCCGGGAAGCCCUCUUGCACUACUACAGCAGCAUGAUGAGCUCCAUGGGUGCCGUCGUCCUCCUUGUCUGGCUUUUUGAGAUGUCCGUGAUGGUUGGCUUACGUCUUUUGCACACCUCUCUGGAAAGCAUCACAAAUCCUGAAGACCCUGAGUGUGAAAGUGAAGGGUGGAUUCUAGAGAACAGCCUGAAAGACACUCUGAAGUCUGCACUGGAGAGCUUGAAAAAGAUUGGUAAGUUCAAUCAGGUGGAAGCAGGUGCCGAAGGGGCUGAAGGAGAAGAAGCUGGGAAGACUCCAGCCAUCACAACAGUCAGUUGAGCUUCUAAAUGAUGUGAACUCUGAUCAAAGAGGAAUGAAAAAACUGAGGAUUGUGAAUACCUACUUUUUAAAAGCUAUGUAUCAACCAUCAGAAUACACGUUUCUAUACAUGCUAUUUUUUUUAUUAUUAUUAUACACAUAUGUGGAAGGAUACAGCAUAGUGCACCUUGGGAUAAUGCAUUUAUCCACACAGUGAGUACACCAUAUUCAUAACUCCUGGGGGAAAAUGACCCCACUAGGACUUUCAAUACUCACAUGUUCCCUUACCAGGGACUGCUAGCAUUAAAAAGAAAUCAUUAUAAUUGUUGGCAUCACACUGAUCCAUUCCAUCUUUCUUUGAAAUUAAAAGUGGAAUUUGAAAUGUUAGUAUUUUUUCUCAAGUUGGCUUGUCUUCAUAAUGUAUGUUAACUUAUAAAGACAAAUAUCUUGGUUUUCUGGAGAGUAACAUGUUAAAAGUCAAAGGAAGAAUAAUUUCCAGAACUGUAUAUAACUUAGUGUUUUGACAGACCUCUCAUAUAAUGUGUUUUUUUUGUUGAUGUGCAAUGGUAUUUUCUGCUGUAUUCUUAAGAUGUACUUAAUAGAACAAAACAAAAAGUUAUUCUGAGAACUUAAGUACUAAGUAAAAAUUGUAACUUAAAGAACAGAGCAAGCAUGAAAACAACAUCAAGGUAAGAUCUAUGGGUUUUGUUCUCAGGUUUUUUUUUUCAGUCAGUAUAUCCUGAAUGAAUGCAUUGUAGACUUAUGCUUCACCUUGUACUCAAACAAGCAGAAGUUUAGAAGAUUCCUCUUGUAGUGGGUGGAAUCAAUGCUAUGAGCACGUGCCAGCCAUGGCUAUUCUGGAUGUUUAUAAAUACAUAAUCUCAUAGCUUUCUCCAUGGUAUUCAAGCCCAACUACUUUCAAAUUUAAAAUUUAAAAAAAAAAAAAAGAAAAAGAAAAAAAGAAAAAAAAAAGAGGAUACUUAGAACAAACACUUUAAAUAUUUUCCAGUGUCCUAGCAAAUGGAUACCAUUCAUUGGUAAGUACAUCAAGCCUCAAACUUUGAGGAUGGGGAAAUGUAAGUUUAAAUCUGUCCCCAGCUUGCAAACUUUGCAACACUUCUUUUUCUUCAUCAGUGACCAAGUUCCCUUCAUUGUAUCGUACAAGUCAAAAGGAAGGUACACUUUGCAUGUGCUGCCUGUCUGCAAACACUGGUCAUAGUUGGAGGACCCUAUUUUAAUACAUAAAGUUGCAAUAAAAGAUGGGAAGCUUGCUGUGGUGUGCAUCCUCUGGUAAAGGAACAGAGCAUCAUCUUCAGUCUCCCUACAGCUGCCAGAUAAGUUCAGCUAAAGGGAAAGAAACCAGAGAGAGCAAACCCUAACCUACCUGUUCCACACACCACCCCCACAUCUCCAUCCCUCAGGUAAGAGACAGAUUCCACACUUAGAUUUUGCUCAGCUGUGCAAAACUUCUACUCUUCUGUGGUGCACCUGGGGGAGUUUUGUCAGCAGGUCCAGUCCAGCUGGCUGGUGGCCAGGCUUCAAACCGAGCCAUGUUUGUGGCUGCCUAAUCGUUGCACAGCUCCUUAGUUUUCAUUCUCAAUCAUUUGUGCUCUCACUCCAGCAGCACUGCAGAACCACAGAUCCUCUGGCUUUUGUUCAGAGUGAUAAGCAACUCCUCCUAGAUGGGCAGACCAGUCCACAAGAAGACAGGUAGGAAUGUGUCUGUGGAUCAAGCCAGGGUCUGCAUCCAAUGGCCAAGCUGCUUCAUGCCACCUGCACACAAGGCUUGAUUUUGACAGGUAUUUAUGGCACCCCUUCAUUUUUUGAAAGCUGAUGACAGCUAUUACUUUUAGUUACACUAAAAAAGAAAAAAAGCAAAGUCAACUUUGAAGUACACAUAAGAGCAACCAGAAAGAGGGGACCAAGCUAAAAGCCAACUUCCUAUUCACCACAGCCUAUCGUCGAUUGCUUUGCUGAGGGAAACUGCACAGCAGAAUUGGGUAGAACAGAGCAGAUGCUUUCUUUUCAGUAAGAAAUCCAUACAACCAGCUGCUCGUCUUAGCUGGCCCAUGAGAGAAGAACGGGGUUUCAAACGGUGUGCAACGUAGCACCAUUUAUCUGAGAAGAGCUUUUUGGAGGAAACACGUUAUGAAUAGGGGCUGCAUUACAAGGAUUACAGUUUUUCCUUGUGAGGCUUCAGUGUGCUGUGAUCCACACAGAUUAUUUGGCCAGACAUCAGGUUUUUCAAAGAGAUCUCUAUCUAUUGCUGUCUUAGAAAUUUGGUUUAGGCUGUUACUUUAAACAAGACUCUCCAGUUGUUAGUGGUCUCUAUUCUAUUCAGUUUGUUGCUAGGGAGACAAAAUGUCAAACUAUUACUUCAACACCACCUUGGAGAAGCCAGUUCCAAGAGCAAUGCUACCACUGCUUAAGCUGGGUAGAGAGACCAUCUCUAGAGAGGGGGGUUUAUGAAGAAUAAUACUGGAAUUGGAGUUUCACGCAAGUAAGAACCAAUAGUAUGUAUGCUCAUGCUGUCUAAAAUAAAGCCUCCUGUUUAAUGAAGACCUUUGUAACAUCUCAUGAUUAUUACAGAAUUGUAAUAUGGUUGUUUUGUAAAAUAUUACAUGUAAUAUAUAAUUGAUUCAAUCUUUAAUAUAUUUUCUUGUGACAUGGCAAAUGCUGUUCUAGACGAAGAUAUCUCUGCAGCAUGCAAAUGUAAGUUUAGGUAUUAAAGUUCUAUUGCAAGUAAAAAACCUCUUUUAAGAAAAUGUUUAAAAAUACAUACAAUUUAAUACAGAUUUGUUUAAUUUGCAUUACUGCUGACUUUUUGCUUCCACAGUCAUUUUGUGACCCAUUUUAUGCGUUCUUAUAGGGAAGUUUUCACCUUUAUAAAACAACUCCUCAGAGAAAGCAAAAAUUCCUUGUGUCAUGUGCCAAGCCAAGCUCAGGAUAUACAGAUUGCUAGUUUGCUUUCCUCUUACUAGAAGCAGAAUUUGCCAGACCAAGUUUAGCGUCCCCUUUUUCAGUGUGCUAGAAUUAUAUAAUCUUCACAGGCCUUAACUUGUAGAAGUGUUCAACAUCUUCAGGAUCUUUGACAAUAAUCUCAGCUGGGUUUAUAAACCCUUUUUUCCCUCAAUCCUAACUCACAGAAAACAUUCUGAAGAAAGCCCUGCUACAGUUUUAAAUGUGCACCUGAAGCUGAAGUAGUCAGAUGUGCCUGAAGCAACCCAAGAACCUCCUGGGCAGUGCCCUGAUUCUCAAAUAAACUUCAGAAGGAUGUGUGCUUAAUUUGUACAAAUUGGGACAUGUCUUUUUAGGGGCUUCCAUAUGGAUUACUAGCUUAAAUCUCAGUACCCAGAUCUGAGACCCAGCCCAAGGCCUUGAAGUGCUAAUUGUCGAGAAAUAUCCUUUAUUUAAAAUACAUGCCUGCACAGGAAAAGCAUUUGUUUGAACUGACACAGAACAUUCAUUAAACGCUUUAAAGGAGAAAAUAUAAACAGCUUCCUUAAAGCUAUUAAUUCCUAAGUAGCCUUAAUACAACUGAUGAGAUUAGCCUCCAUACAUUACAUGAGCUCGGACAUUUUGUAAUACUGGCCACAGGCAAGCACGCGGCUUAGCGAGGAGCAUGGGGCUGCUGCACUGGGCUCCAGGUAUCCCUCACCAGCGGGCAGGGAGGGCUGAUACAAAGAAAAGGAGAUUCCAGCAAAACCAUUUCUUUUCACCUAGCGUGUAUGUUCAGGUUAAAAAAAAAAAGUAUUGGUCGUCCCAUGGUCGACGUAAAAUGGGGACGGAUCACAAAUGCUUAUUCGAGAAAAAAAAAAAGUAAAGAGCAUUAUUAGAGAUUAGUUAAUUAAGAGAUAAGGACAGAAAAAUAGAAUGGUGUCAUGUGGCAACAGCCCCCUGCAGGAGACGAAGGCUUAGGCAAAUGCAUUUAUUUAUGGGAACAGGAAUGCAUCUAUCUCUAUGAAAUCUGAAGCAGUGCACACGUUAAACUUCUCUGUUUGUGUGAUGAUAUCAAAUCUGUGCUGCUGGGUGACUGACUCAAACACGACAGCUCUUCCCCGGCCAUUUUGCAGCCCUGGGCCGCAUGCGGUGUUAGAGCAUGGGGCCUGGCAGUCCCUGCGGAGCCACUGGCACCACGCAGUGCAGAAUGAGCCCCACCUCACCAACACGUUCCUACCACGAGUCACCAGCUAAGCUCGUUACAAGGUUCAUUUCCAAACCCCGGUGCACUCUUUGUUCUCAGAGCCAUUUUUUCCACAGCAAAGGCAAGCUUGAGGAUCAAAGGUCCCAGGAAUACUCAACAAAUCAGGGAUCAAACAGCAGGUCUGCAGGCCAGCAUCUGGUUAAACUCACACCUCCUCACCAUGCAGACCUCAGUGUGUCUGACAUGGCGCUCGCAGGGCACAGCACCGAGGUUUCAGAGACCAGGGCAGGCCUGUGAGGCACAGCACCAGGAAGCGCUGCUUCCCAGCAGCAAGCUAGGCCAGGCUGCCCUGUUAGGAUGGAAAUAAAGCUUUCCUCUCGUUGAAGGACUUCAAAUCUUUCUGAAAUUGCUUUGAAAAGUGCAAUGACAGAGAACCCAAGGGCUUUGAACGGCCCUCCCUCCCAGUGCAGCUCAGCUGGCGAGAAUGUGAACUGCCUCAUGGGCAUAACACUGCUGUGUGCAGCCAGGACAGCUCAUUCGACUGCUGCUCUGUCCCUAGCAACCAGCUCUAAAAUGCAAAGCUUCCUUGCUAUGAAUUGCUUUCAGCCUUCCCAGGUCAAGAGGUUUCCUAAGAGAGGAGCACAGCUCUGCCUCAGGCAAAUGCUUUUGCAAAUGAGCAUGAGUUUUCCCAUUGACACCCAUGCUCUGUCUGGCACAAAUAACCAAACUGAAGAUGAUAAAAAACCACAGGUGCAAAGCACAAACAAGUUCACGUGUAUGAACCUGUCAUUAAUUGCAAAACUUCAGAGCAGAAAUGAAAUUAAUUCUGUAACUUUGCUGUAGGCAUAUUCUACAUGAAUUGUGACAGCAUUUUUUGUUUUAACCACCAAAUCUAAAAUUAACAACUAUCUAAAAUUUAAUUUAAGUACUUCAGAUUAUUCUUGUGAUUGAUUAUGUGACGUUAAAAUGGAUUAAAUGCAUUUCAGGAAGCAUUUUGCAAGUGUGCCUAGAUCUCAAGUAAAAGUUGCUGCCAUUCCCUACUGUAACAAGGCCCCGGCCACAUGGGAGGGGCUGGCUCUGUCCCCUCCUUCCCAGCCAUCUCCAGCUCUGGGCCAGCUGCACUGCCCUGCUCAAGCAGUUAACGGCUGUGCCACUUGUGAGGGCCUACAGGUGCGUGCUGGGGAUGUGGGCAGGAAACAAACCUCCCUCCCUCCUUCCACCGCUGCUACAGCCUCCGGAGCCCUGAGCACAUCCACUGCUAUGGAGCAACCACGUUCUUGGUUUUGCUGCCUCAGGUGAACGGGACACUUUCCGCAUAACCACUGUCCCACAUCUGCCCAACCAGUUGAAACGCUGACCACGCUGAAACGUUUGCUCUCAGAUAUAUCUCCCACACGUAAAGAGCAGUGACCCCCUCCCCUUCCAUCCGGAUGCAGUGUGCUGCUGCUUGCUUCCAGCUCCAAAUUCCUUGGUUUGAGCUCCACCCUGUUCCAGCUGGUAGUGAAGGUGGAGGGGAGCUUGAAGUUCACACUACAGACCAGUACACAGAAAUGAAAUCCGACACAAAGCACUUGUUUUUGGAGCUCAAGCAGGGGUCUGAGCUUUCAGCUCUCAUUACAUUUUAUGAGCACACUUUACUCCUCCACGCAGGCCUCUAACCAGAGGGCACCAGCGAAUUACAUCAGCUAACCUACUGCUGGUCUCGCCUUCGUUAUUUUUAAAUAACCUUUUCUCUGAUUUAUUAAUGUCCUUUAGCAUCCCUCAUGUUCGGAGUACUGCAAGUACAGAAAUAUGCUCCAUAUAUUAUUCCUUAGCAAAAUAAACUUCUUAUUUUGUAAAAUCAGUGAAGCAUCCCACAGAGGGCUGCGCAGAUGCCACCACCAGCCCGAGCUCAGCCAUCCCACCCUGCCUACCGCUCACCACACAAACGGUUUUCACCCAAGCAUCCUAUGCAGAGGGCAAGCUGGAAAACUUGCCACGCCCAGGCUCAUGCUAUCUGGCAAGAAACCGUGGGAAGGUACAUUCACAACUGAUGAAAAUAACAUUUAAUCACUGCUGUCAUGGAGACGAAGAUCAGAACUUGCUAUUUCUCAGCUCCUACACCUGGUGCACUGCAGAAACUCUCCCUCUUUUUCUCCUCCAAGAGAGGAGAUUUCACAAACCUCUCCCCUGAGACACAAGGAUUUGGGCAUCUAAUGUUUCCAGGCCAGGAGGGAGGAAGGGUGGCAAAAGAGCAGAAAAACAGAGCAUGAAUGUGUACAGCAGCUUUAAUACUUGGCAAAGAGAUUUGUAGAAUAAAUGUUAAAAUCUCUAUGAGUUAGCUUAGAAUAGAGAUGUACUUGCACAAAAUUGCAGGAGAAAUAGACAAGCAAGAGUUAAGAGAAUAGCCUGUAUUGAUAAACAGGGUGGUGACUAACUGCAAUGAAACAGCAGAUACUGAUGCCUUGCUUAGAUCUAGUCCAGGAAGCCCAAGCUCCAAAAAGGCCACGGUACAGCUCUAUGAAACUGAUCUUUGGUCACAAGAGGAAGAAAGACAAGGUUUUAGCACGCUGUGUGUGCUAUGCCUCUUCCUGUGUCACACUCUAGCCCUAAGAAACUCCAAAAUAAUUUCAUCUGUUUUGAGAUGAGUCUCCCCUUUGGUAUUUUAAUCCACCAAAAAGAAAAAUAGUUUUGUGCUGAAGAUACUUGCAUAGUAGACAGAGCACCCAGCUUCUAAACAAGCACCAAGAAAGAUGGCACACAGUAAAAUGCACUGAAGAGAGGUAUCAGCCUGGAGCUUAAGAGCCAGCAUGGCUUCACACCAGCAGCACAAGCUCAGAACUGAAUGCCUGCACACCCAGGCCACUGACAUCCGCUGUCCUAAAUACAUAGAGCAUAGCAACACCGGAUCCUUUAGUACGGGUCAUUCCCAAUGCUAGAGUGGAAAAUAAGGCCCAAAUCUGACUUGUGCAGGCAACAGUAUGAAGAUUGGUUUGAUGAACAUAGAUGGAAGCUAUGGGGACCUGGGGGAGAGCUGAAGCUGGAAAUAGGCUGAGCAUCCAUAAGCAGCACCACAUCUCAGCCAGCCAACCCCCUUAGCAUCACAGAUGAAGCAGCUGGAGCUGUGGGGAGCACUGGCUCUCGGCACAGUCAGAAGGCAGCAGGUGUUAUCCUGGUCAGGUACUUCCACCAAGAAAGAGCGAGCCUCCAACAGCACAUUAGGGAGAGCACGGAGCCUUAUCAUUAAGUAUGAACAGAGUAAAACAACAUCACUGAAGUGAACCUAAACUCUCACCCCCAUAUAAAAUAUAACUUACAAUCCUUUGGUAGAGGUCAAGAAAGGUUUAGCUGACUGAAGCAUAUGACACUAAUAAUAUAAUCAUCUUAUAUUUUUAGCCCGAGAAUCGCAGCUGUUGCACAUCCAGUUAUUUGUUAGCUUGUGAUUAACAAGGUGACACGCUUGAAGGAACAAGCUCAGCAAAAUUCUAACAGCAGUUUAAACAUUUUUUUAUAUAAUGUCAAUGCCAAAAACAUCUGAUGCUUUCAGCUUUCUUUUGUUCUCUGUUGCGAUGGUUUCUGGUUUGGGGAUUUUGUGCAUUUUUUUCUUGUUGGGUUUUUUACUUGGGGUUGGUUUUGGUUUUUUCCCCCUCAAACACACAUGACAUUCCAGAUUGUUUGUGUAAUCUGCAAGUAUUAAAGUUACACCUAAUUUAUUACAGAAAUUAUUCCCCUGAUACCAAAACAACAUUAUACAAAAGUAUUUUUACAAUUAACAAAUACAUGCAAACAAAUAGGAGAGCAGAAGUCUCAGGUGAAGAACAACUAAACUUAAUUUAAAAAAAAAAAAAGGAUAACUGGAGU